CAAGCGUCGCGCGCAUACACGCUUUUCUUCUAGAUCGAGAUUUAUUUGCGAAUGCCAUCGGGAUUCGCGACCAAAAUGGCUGAGGUGCGGACGGCGAGAGCGAAAUUUUCGCUGCCGUUAGGUAGAUUAAUGGUCGCCAUAUAUCUUGUCGUUUCGGUGCCGGACGGUUGGACAAAUCGACAAGGAGCAACGGGGGUGGAAGCGAUCGACGUGCCAUCGAACUGUAUCCAGCACACGGAUGUGACCGGAACCUUCGACAAGUACUACGCUCUGGAUGAGAUCGGAAAUGAGCGAUCCGAGGAAUAUCCGGUCGACUUCCACAUGUUCAUCGAGGUAAGGAACUUCCAGGAGGAGAUCGCCAUGCUUUUGUCAAGUCAGGAUCGAACCGAAGAAUAUCCGGACUUUGCCCGAACCUACGAAAUCCGACUGGGGAAUGUGUACACAGUGAUCUAUCGAUAUCACGUGAAAAUGAGAGCUUAUCACAGCCCGAAGGAUAAACUAUUCCCUGGGGAUAAAUUCAAGAUCCGAUUCCGAAUCAAGAAGGAAGGCAACAUCACCAUAACGUUAGAUGACAACGACAAGAAACCUCUGCUAAAUGUCUUCGACAAUAACGGGACCCUAGAUAUCCGGUACAUUAGCUUCGCCUCGCGGAUGAAUGCCUAUCCGAUAACGUUCCACUUCGGGUGCAAUCUGGAGGAGGGAAGCACCGAUGGUCCACUGGUGCAAGCACUUCAUGGAUGUCCGGUUUGUCCAAGACAACGGUGUGAAGUUGUCGUGAAGGCGUGUACCGAUAAUCAGAAGGAUCAGGGAGCAACGGAUCCGGAGAAACAGAAGUACUACUUCUAUUUUAACAUGUACUUGAGCAAGAAGCAACCUCCCCAGACGGUGAAAACUAUUGAACCAGAUGAAGAGAAUCUGGUCAGAUGAUGUGGAUGCAUAAAAAUUGUAAAUUAAAAACAAUAUAAAGUUGGGUUCCCUACUAUUGACUCAUUAA